AUGGCGAACGCGACUCAUUACCAGCUCCUCCGUAUCAACCGCGACGCGCCCACAUCCAUCGUCCUGGAGGCGUACGAACAGCGAGUCAAGAACUACAAUGCCGAGCAUAUGAUCUACGGCGAGCCGACCGCCAAGGACAAAGAGAAGAAAGAGAGGGGCCUCGCGGAGCUGCACGCGGCCGUCAAGGUCCUCACCCACGGGAUCUCGCGCGAGAAAUACGACCGUCGCCUACGCGAGCUCACCGCCUCACCUACCAUCCCACGCGCCUCCAAGAACCAGCAUCCUCGUUUGGACAAGUCGCGCCACGACCACUACGACCUCUACCCUGAUACCUGGAUCGCUCGCCGCGAUGGUCGUGUCCGCUCCGACGGGCAGAGCUGGGCCGCGCCACCUCCUCCCCGCGCACCCGCACGCCGCCGUCCUUCGCACUCUCGCUAUGCUCGUUCUCGCCCUGGCGUUUCUCGCCAUCCCACGCCACAGAGCUACGAUCACUACGAGCCGUACGCGAACAAGCAGGGUGGACGUGGGUUUUCAGCUCGCAGCACGCACGCACCAAGUCUGAGAGCACCACGGCUCGGCUAG